AUACCAUUGAUCGAGCGUGCAAAGAACCUAGCCCCAAAGCAUGAUCAAUGUUCUCCGCUGGUGACGAUCUCGCUCAUAUUUGGGUGGGAUUUCAGUGCACUGGACUUCGUUCCACAGCGACGUUUAUGUGAAACUCUUUAUGCUGAGGGGCGCACAACUGAAGCCGUAGGGGUCUUCGUCAGCAUGAUUAGGACUUCAGAUACGGCGAUGCAGGCAAACCAGGCAACUGCAGAUUGGGCCGCAGAGUUCACCCAAAGAUGUGCCGUAGUGCUUGAGCGCGUUGGCGAUGAAGCCCUCAGAUCUGCAAGAUAUGAUGAUGCAAUUACACAGUACUCUGCUAUGCUAUCCCUCAGUCCUCCAAGUCCUGCAGGUCUGUUUAUCAAACGGAGCAGAGCUCGAGCAGCUAAAGCGUUGUGGGAGGAUGCACUGCAGGAUGCGAAUGAGGCAAUAACAGCAGACUCCUCUAGCCCUUGGGGCUAUGAGGCCAAACAUGCCGCGCUUCAUGGGGCGAAAUGGUAUGAUGAAGCAAUCGAUGCCUUCGAGUCUAUGUUGCGAGUAAUCGAGCAGUCCGAUGAUCCCGAAAUCAGGAGAUUACGCAAGAACCACAUUUCUCCUUCGAAGAUAAUUGCCGCUAUUGAUCCUGCUGUUCGUGAGAUCCUAAAAAGUCGUCCUCUCAUCCUCAUCAACGUCAACACUGGCUGCCUUUGUGAUGGCCCUGAGCAGAUGCGUAUCUUCAAGGCUAGUCCGACAUGUAAAGAGCUCGUUUCAUCUAUGACGAAAGAAGUGGACAACGAGCGGAUCCUACGAGUGGUUGCAAGGUUUUUCGGAUAUGUCAUGUUCUCUCAUACAUGGCAGGGAAAGGAGCCUUCAUUCCAGGACGUCAACACGGUCAAAUCUGUGCGGAAACUCCCUGGCACGCCGCUGAACGAAAAGUUGCGCAAUUUCUGCAAGGAAACACGUAGACUUGGUCAUAAUUGGGCAUGGUCGGACACAUGUUGUAUCGACAAGUCCAUGAACUCCGUCCUCGAUCAGUCUCUCAAAUCUAUGUACAAAUGGUAUGGAAAUUCGGCGGCCACCCUCGUAUUCCUUGCCAAUGUAACACAUCCGUCCAAGCCCGGGGACCUCAGGUGCAGUUUAUGGAUGACCCGAGCAUGGACUUUACAAGAGCUUCUCUCGCCACGAGUCAUCUUUUUCUAUGACUCUGAGUGGAGACCAUACCUCGGCGAUACUGGCGCGAACCACAAGGAAUCCCCAGAGAUUAUGCAAGAACUAGCAGAUGCUAUCAAGAUCCCCCGCGAAACCAUCGUCACGUUCUCUCCAGAUAAUCUUGCGGUGCGCGAGAAACUUCGUCUCGCUUCGACUCGCAUUGCAACAGUCGAGGAAGACGUCGCAUACUCUCUCAUCGGCAUAUUCAAGUCGGAUAUCGUGCCCCACUAUGGGGAAGGGGCCGACGCUGUAGGACGUCUCUUGGAGGAGAUCGUGGCCCGCACCGGCGAGGUCGCCGUGCUUGCGUGGUCAGGAAAGUCAUCAUCAUACAACAGUUGUCUCCCAGCUUCCGUUUCCGUUUACAGCCAAACUUCUCACAACCCUCCAUCACUCAAAGGGGAAGAAAUGGAAAUUUACAUCACGAGGUUACGCAGCAAGUUGCCUCAGCGGGAAGCCCUGAGCAUCUAUAACCAGAUCAACCCCCUUCCACCUGCCCGUUUUGAGAGCCGACGCCUACAUCUUCCAUGCAUCGUCUUCUCUGUUGGAAGCCUCCGUAUACAGGAACUACGUGAAGGCAAUGAGAAACUAUAUCGCGCCAUGGUAUCGGGACUUGGAAAGGUGGAGUUCACGACGGCAGAUGAUCUCCCGCUGCGCGAGUCACACAAAUUUGUCUUCGCACAUCCGUGGAUUCAUUAUAUCCGCCGCCAGAGUAAUGGGGUUUCUCUGGGAAGUGACUCAGAGUCUGACACUAGCUUUGACUCGGAUUGGGAUGGCGAUAUCAGACCCGAUGAAGUUGUGUUAUCGCACACUGUCUCCGCGUCUCAGGUUGACGACUAUACCCGAGCACUACAGAUGAUUGCUCGCCUCGGACAGCCGUUCAACGCUUUGCUUCUCCUACAGCAGCCGAAUGGAGAGUACAAGAGGGUUGCUACAGAGAACGAGAUUGUCGUCUCGGGACUCGGAACCAACGUCACUCCCGAGAACGUUCGGGCGACAGUCCUGGAAAUCCUUUGACAUCUGUGGGGAAGUUGGGCUCAGCUGCUGGUGUCGCCCUUCAUCCGCUAUUUUUCUUUUUGUAUUUCUGUGCUGUUCUCGUUUGUUUGUUUGUUACACGGAGAUGGAGCCUCAAGAGACUCGAGGCUGAGUUGGAGAUUUGUUCAUACUUACGUUCCAUGGACAACGAGAGCCUCCGUAACUUCUCCUUCCAUUAUUGCUUGUACUUGUGCAUACGUCCUGGUGUAGUACCCCUAACAACCUGCGUACCCGUCACAUAAUUCUUGCGUAGUAUCAUGGAACUGAUGGAGUGGUUUUCACGGAG